UCCAUAACAUCCUACGCAAGCCUGAACCUCUGUGCCCACGAACUCAGAUGGCCGAAUCCAAACCCGACCCAACAACACAAUCUCUCUCAGCAGAUAAAGAAGUAAAAGCACCGAAUUUGUUUGAAAGAGCAAAGGAAGAGAUUGAAGCAAUUUUGCACUCUGAGAAAUCUCCUCAUCACCACAAGGAAACUCAUGGCAAGCGAAAUGACAUAGAUGAGAACACCCCAUUAGACGAUGUUAGAGCUCCAAAUGUGUUUGAGAGAGCAAAAGAGGAGUUUGAGGCUCUCGUUGAAGCCAUCCAUCCCAAGAAAGAGUCUCCAAACCAUGAAAGAAGGGAUGAAACUACAAAGACACAGUCCAAGCAGAGUGAAGCAGAUUCUCUAUCAGAGAACAACGUUAAGGAGCCCAAUUUUAUUGACAGAACUAAGAAAAAGAUUGAAGCAAUUACACACCAUCAUCAUAAAGAAACUCAUGGAAAUAUUGAUGAGAAAACCCCAAUAUAUGAUGUGAAAGCUCCAAAUGUUUUUGAAAGAGCAAAAGAAGAAAUUGAAGCUGUUAUUGAAUCAGUUCAUCCAAAGAAAGAAAGAGGAGAUUCUGUUUCGUCACCACAUAAAGAAGGUGGAUUCGGGUUCUCUAUUGGAAGAACAUUGGAAAAAGUUUGCUCUCGUCAGGAUAGUGUGAGAGAUUAAUGGUGAAUUAUGGCAAACUUUUUGGUUCUACUUGUUUUCUUUUUAUUUACAGACCAUGUUGUAUAAAUCUUGUGCGAUUGGGUUAUUUUUAUUUUGUUCUUUUCUAUUUCUUCGAAGAUUAUAGACAAAUACAAAUACAUUA